UCACUUUGAACGCCAGAGCCGGACAAGCAGAACCUGACCAAGCAAAAAAAACCAAAAAGAAUAUAUUCCUUUAUUGAAACGAAAUAUUGACCAUUCCCGCCUCUCUUCGGCCAUUUCUAAGCUGUUAUCUCUCAUCCUUUACCUACAUUCUAUAACACCUCCAAACCAAACCAAACCACAACAAUACCUCUUAAACAGCAUUACUAUCCAAACUCGCACAGCACCCUGAAAAGCAAAAUGUGCGUCUGCGACACCAAAAGCACCGAAAUCUGGGAACCUCCCAAACCGGUCAACAUCCCCAACUUCAUCCACAACGGCGGCCGCUACAAGAGGCCAUCAACGGUGCAACGGUGGGAAAACCGUUGGAACGGGAUCGGCAAUGGGCCUGGAGGAAAACGGAUGUAUGGACGUGGUGGAAGAAACAGCAUUUUUUACGGAGCUGGUGCAGGCAGCAGUUUGAUUGACGGAGCUGGUGCAAGCAGCAGCGUCGGUUGUAGUGGGCUCGGAGGAGGAGGAGCAGGAGCAGGCUGUGGUGGGGGAUCAUGCUAGAUUGCCUGUCUUGCUUUUAAAGGGAGAAAGUGUCUACUUAUGGCACUGGGCAUUGAUGGGAUAUGAACGACGAUAUGAUUUAUGACUGUUCUCCAUGGUUUUGGGAUAUUUUUCACCCCCUUUAGAGGGCUGCGUUUUAGUAUAGUGCUAGUUUAUGGGGUGUAUAGAAUGUCGACCACGUUCCAACGCGGUUCUCAGAUUAUGCUUAAGUAGGACAGUGUAAAUCCACCCAAGUAAAUAGUACGUAGUUCUUAGUUCCA